AUGUCGUUCUUUUCCAACCCCCGUCGUGGCGGCCGGCAAGAUGCCGAGCGUGAAAUAAUUUCUGUACCGCGCACCCAAGCUACCAAUUUGCCCAAGGAGUCUCCUGCAACUCUUCUAAACAUCCCCAAGCUCAAGCCAGAGUCUAGCCUUACUGUUUGGGGAAAUGAGAUCUUUCAUGUCUUGCGACCCUUCAAGCUUGAUGCACUCGUGAACGUUGAUCUUCCGAGACCCCACCCAGGAGAACUCAACUACAACCGAUGGAAGUUCUGGACUCUUGUUGUUGCUGGUUGGCUGUUUAACCAAAUUGAGGCCGCACUUCAGCUCAAAGUCAAAGCACAUUCAAACGACCUCACCUACGCCGACGAAAUCUUCAACACAAUCAAGCUGUUGAGCCUGCACAGCCACUCCAAGUUCGUUGCGAGCGAGUUGAAGAGAUGGGAGGAACUCAAUCACAGGAGGUUUGCUACCCCUGCGGACUUCAUCAUGGCGUACCAGAACCAAUUCAAUCGUCUGAAGACAGAGGGCGACGAUCCCUCUUGCGACUUUGCGCUUCGUCGACUUCUGCAAGAGCUGCAUGGAGAGAUCUUGAAGGUCCCAUUCAUCGAGGAAGAGGUGAAUAAUCUGGGACGGCCGGUGGACUAUCAGUUGUUCGUCCACUACUGCAAAGUCUUGGUAAACGAAUCCCGCAAGCCCAGCGUCUCGCUCGCUGAAUAUGACACCCUCGGAAUUGAUGGCGACUUGGCAGACCAAAGCCAAAGCAGUGGACGAGACAUCUCCUACCGUGGCUGGAGACGGAGCACCAAGGGACACGGCCCAGCAUGGGAGUAG